CCUCCUCGGUAUGGGCCGGAGGGUCUUUAGCUAGCCGUGCGAUGGGGCUGGAAGCGUCCUGGCCAUGGCGGGGGACCCGGGGAAGGAGCCGGAGAUGGACGAUGCGAUGCUAGAAGAGCUGAUGGACAGCAGCUUCUUCGAGGACCCGCCUCCCCUGCAAAGGCUUCCGAAGAGAAUAGUUGGCUUCUCUGAUACAGUACUGUGCAAGGGUUUGAACAACAGAUACUGUGUUUUACAAGUAGAGGAAAAUGGGGAACUCGAAAAACAGCUGACAAUUGCUGCAUCCACUCCAUUUGAUGAAUCAGAGACAGAGCUGUGUAUCCUAAGAGAUGACUGGACGUCUGUUCUAGUACAACCUGGAGAUAUCAUUCACCUGGAAGGAGAGUGUAAUUCUGGGAUUUGGAUAGUAGAUGCUGAUGCAGGAUACAUAAUUCUCUAUCCAGACAUUCUACUUUCUGGUACUACUGUAUCAAAUAGCAUUCGGUGUAUGAGGAAAGCUAUACUGAGUGAAAAAUUCAGGAGGUGUGAGUCUCCUUCACGUCCAAUGUUAAUAGGUACAAUCCUUCACGAAAUUUUCCAGAAAGCAGGAACAAAUUUCACCCAACAGAAUCUGCAAGAAAUUGCCACCUUAGUCAUUCAUGGACCAAAAUACCUAAAAGAGAUGUACCAGUUAAAUCUGAAACAAAGUGAUAUUGUUCAAGAGAUCGAGGCAUACUUUCCCUCAUUUAUUAAAUGGGCAGAAGACUUCAUCUACAAGCAGCAGCCGUUUAACCAGUGUAACCUGCAACUGAAUCUGCCAAGAGAUAGCAAAGAGGACACCGUUUGCAGUGUCAGGGUUACGGAAAUCCUGGAUGUUGAAGAGAAUAUUUGGUGUCCCAGGUUUGGUUUAAAGGGCAAGAUUGAUGUUACGGCUGGUGUAACCAUUCAUCGCAGGUCUAGAACGGAAUCCAGGAUAAUGCCACUGGAGCUUAAAAGCGGCAAGGAAUCAAACUCCAUAGAGCACAGAAGUCAGGUAGUUUUGUACUCGCUUUUAUGCCAGGGAAGGAGAACAGACCCUGAGGUUGGACUGCUCCUUUAUCUUAAAACUGGUAAUAUGUUUCCUGUUCCUGGAAAUCGUAUGGAUAGAAGAGAACUCAUUAAACUGAGAAACCAGUUGGCCUUCUACUUGCUUCACAGCACGUGUAAAUCUGACAUGGGAAAGCAGCAGACGCAGCUUGCAUCUUUGCCUCCACUGAUUAACGAUAGCCAGGCGUGUAGUUAUUGUUCCCAGAAAAAGAAUUGUGGACUCUAUAGCAGAGCUGUGGAGCUGCAAUUAAGUGACUUAAUUCCAGUUGAUAUGGUGGCUGCUAUUGAGAAGGAGAUCCAGCAUCUGAAGCCUGCGCACUUGGAGUACUUCCACCUCUGGUACCUGAUGCUAACUUUGGAGAGUCAAUGCGAUGGGAAAAAAGGGCAUAGAGACAUAUGGAUGUUGACAGCUGCAGAAAGAGAGAAACAAGGCGAUUGCGUUGGAAAUAUGAGCAGAAUUAAAGGUGUUCAGGAGGUAUCCGAUGGACAGUAUCUACACUGGUUCCAACGUAAAAGCAGUCCCAUGCCUGUGACAGCCCUGAUGGUAGGAGACAGGAUUGUUGUGAGUGGUGAAGAUAGCACUUUACUUGGCUUGUCUACUGGCUACGUUCACGAGAUCACCAGAACCAAAAUCUCCUGUUUAUUGGAUAGAAACUUGUCAGAUCUUGCCAAGGACAUUAUAUUUAGGUUAGACCACGAAGAAGGAGCAUUUGGCAUUGAUGCUCCCUUAGCAAACCUUUCUAAAUUGAUGGAGAAUUCUCCUGUCAGCAAAAAGCUUCGUAAUUUGAUAAUAGAAUUUCACAAACCCCAGUUCAUCCAGCACUUGAGCACGGUCCUUCCUUCUGAAGCAAAAGAGAAAGUGGCAAACAUUUUGAAAGGUCUGAAUAAACCUCAGAAACAAGCAAUGAAACAAGUCCUGCUUUCAAAGGAUUAUACGCUUAUAGUUGGGAUGCCUGGAACUGGGAAGACCACUACAGUAUGUGCUCUGGUCCGCAUUCUUUAUGCUUGUGGUUUCAGCGUUCUGUUAACCAGCUUUACUCACACUGCAGUUGACAAUAUCCUUCUGAAGCUUGUAAAGUUCAAAGUAGGCUUUUUGCGGCUGGGGAGAGCUCAGAAAAUUCAUCCAGACAUUCGGAAGUUCACAGAAGAAGAAACCUGCAGAUCUAUGUCUAUUAAAACUGUAGCCCAAUUGGAGAAGUUGUAUGAUAGCCAACCCAUAAUCGCAACAACGUGCAUGGGAAUAAACCAUCCAAUAUUUACUCGGAAGCGGUUUGACUUUUGCAUAGUGGAUGAGGCUUCGCAGAUUAGUCAGCCAAUCUGCCUGGGUCCGCUCUUCUGUUCGCUAAGAUUUGUGCUAGUGGGAGACCAUCAGCAGCUCCCACCGCUUGUACGCAAUGCAGAAGCAAGGGAUCUUGGCAUGAGCGAAAGCUUAUUCAAGCGACUGGAACAAAACGAGAAUGCCGUUGUGCAGCUGAAUAUGCAGUACCGAAUGAACAGUAAAAUUAUGUCGCUGAGUAACAAGCUGACGUAUGAUGACAGAUUGGAAUGUGGCUCUGAGAGGGUGUCCAAAGCUGUAGCCAAUUUACCAAAUUUAAAAGAGCUGAAAUUGGAGCAAGAAUAUUCUUCUGAGACGUGGCUGAGGGAAACGCUGGAUCCAAACAACCCUGUUUGUUUUCUUAACACCGAGAAGGUUCCAGCACCAGAGCAUACAGAAAAAAGUGGCAUAAGUAAUAUGACAGAGGCCAAAUUAGUGCUCUUUCUGACAUCUAUGUUUAUCAAGGCUGGCUGCAAGCCAUCAGAUAUUGGGGUCAUAUCGCCAUACAGAUAUCAGUUAAAGAUAAUCACAGACCUCAUGACAAGCUCAUACAUCAAUAAGAUUGAGGUGAAUACUGUGGACAAGUACCAAGGACGAGAUAAAAGUAUAAUCAUCGUCUCUUUUGUGAGGAAUAAUAGUGAUGGAAAUGUUGGAGAACUUCUGAAAGACUGGAGACGUCUUAACGUCGCUAUUACAAGAGCCAAACACAAAUUAGUCAUGCUGGGUUGUGUGCCGUCCCUAUACCACUAUCCUCCACUUAAAAAGUUACUGUGCCAUUUGAAGAGUGAAGCUGUGAUUUUCAAUCUUCCUGUAGGGGCGCACGAAUUUGCCUUUCGGUGUAACCUCCCGUGAUAGAAGUUUAGGACUUCAAGGGGAAAAUGUUUUUUGGUGUGGCUGCAAUUUUCAAUCACACUGGAAGAUUGAAGGCACCAUGUUGUCAACUGCAUUUCAUUUUAACGUGGAUUUUUUGGGGUCAGCACUUUAGACUUUUUCUGUAGCUCUUACAAAGUUGGAUAUUUUUAACACUCGAAUUUUGAUGACUGUGUUAAAUAGCUGCUUUUAUUCCCCUUGGAUACGUUGUGAUAUGAGCCAGCCAAAGCUAAGCAUUCUGCGUUCCUAUUGAUAAUAAUUGGGGAAGUGGGUUGAAUAGAUUUUUAAUUUUCCCAUGAACAUUAAUAAUAAUUUUCAAAUGCCUUAAAUUUGGCUGAUAGUGUUUUUUAUGCAUUUGGAAAAGUCAUCUUGGAUGUGACUCUCAUGUUGUUAUUCAUCUCUCUUCCUCUUGUUGAUUAACAAAUGUAGGGUCACUGCGUUGGAUACAAAGAUCUUCUAAUCCCAGGAUCACAUCUGAUCUUUCCUUCCCUUUCUUACCUCUACCAGCAGUUUUCAGUCCUGGGAAAAUCGAUUCCCAGGGUUAGAAGAGCAUUUGGCAGGCAGCAAUAAAGGGGAAAAAUGGGCAGAAUCAUUCCAUUCCUUCCUGCCUCAUUGGUUAGCGGAGAAAGGUUGAUGUUGUUUCCCCCCUCGCAGCCACCCCCAAAACCGAAGGGAUCUACUUUCUCAGGGUCUGAAAGAGAUGCUGAGGGAGAAACGGAGAAAAAUAAUGGCUGCCAGCGCUUUCUCUGACUGAUCAGUGAAUCUAACCUAUUAAUUUGGGUGCUGUAUACAUUACAUUAACCUAUUAAUGGUAUACAAUACAUUAACCUAUAUACAUUAUAUAACCUAUAUACAACCUAUAUACAUUAACCUGUAUACAAUACAUUAACCUAUUAAUGGUGGCCCUUUUGAACAAGGCUGUUUAAGUUACUACUAGAAUGUGAUGUGAAUAUCAUAUUCCAAGAAUUGUCUCCUCCCUCCCAAUGUGCCACUGACAUAGGAAGACUUUCCAGAUUUUUUUCUCAGAGAGGUUUUGGGGGAAGAUAAGUUUUUAGUAACACUAAUGACUUGGUGCAACAUCUUCUCCGAAUCAACACUGCAUCCUACUUAAUUCUCUUCUGUAUGAAUUGCUCCUCCCGAUUUGACUACAGACAAGUGACUAGAAUUUUCUAAGAAUAUUAUUGUUUUUUACUGUUGAAAUGCCAAACUUGUUGUAAUAGCUGUGAAUGAAAGAACAACAAAUUCCAAAUGUAUUAGAUAUCCUAUUACCUUCUUGAUUUUACAGCAGAGCACAGAUCCACUUCACUGAUACAUAAAUACCUCUCAAGUAGGUUCUCUAGAAAGCUACCUCAUCCUGCAACUGUUAAGUUGGAAAUAUGUUGGUUCUGUUCACAGUGUUUGUUCACAGUUACAUUUAAUGAACGCAGUUCUUUAUCUGAUGUGCAUAAUGUUCCCCCUUGUGUGUCAAGGUCUUAAAUUCUAACUUUUGUAUUGUAAUAAACUUUGAUAUUAACUUGCAUAUAUAAUA